AUGGCGCAUGGAUUAAUUACUCCCGACUACAAUGUAGCUAGGAAUUAUAUUGCUAGAGCAGCAAAGUUUUAUCAACAAGCAGUCGAGGAGGAUCCAACCAAUGAACGGUAUCCCAGGUCUUUGGAAUCAAUUGAUCAGGUAACGAUAUGUUUCUGUGUUCCUGCUGCGCCUGCUCCACAACUCCAUAACCAGAUUCAUAAACAACGUGUAGCCCAACAGGCAGCAGCAGUAGCAAGAUGUUCUACUUCACAUGCAAAGGGCACGAAGAAAGGAUGGAACUUUGAUCUCAUAUUUGAUAUUUUUGGAUGGGUUGUUCUUGGAAUUGGUAUCGGUGCAUGGAUUGGAUUUUCAAGAGCUCAGGUUCAUCCAUCCCCAAGAUACUGA